AUGCAUCAUCAGCAACAGCCCUCCUAUGGCGGCGGCGGCGGUGGUGGUGGUGGCUACCCCGGCCAGUCCUAUCACCAGCAGGCGCCCGCCCCCUCCAACCCCUACGGAUAUAGCCAUUCGUCUCAGCCGCCGCAACAAUACGGUUCGCCCGCCCCGCAGCAUGGAUACAAUCAGGGUCCCCCUCCGUCCGGAUAUCAACAACCACCUAGUGGCCAGCCGAUGUACCAGCAGGGUCGCCCUCCAGCAAACAACUAUCCCCAAGGUGGUGGUGGUGGUGGCCGUCCAGCUGCUCCUCCCUCCAAUCCGGUGGCGUUCGGACACGGUGCCCCGCAGGGCUAUAGCUUCCAAUACUCACGCUGUACCGGCAAGAGAAAGGCAUUGUUGAUCGGAAUUAACUACUUCAGCCAGAAGGGCCAAUUGCGAGGAUGUAUCAACGAUGUUAAGAACAUGUCCACAUACCUCAACCAGAACUUCGGAUAUGCCCGUGAAGAUAUGGUUCUCCUCACGGAUGACCAGCAGAACCCUAUGAGCCAACCGACCAAGGCGAACAUUCUCCGCGCUAUGCACUGGCUGGUGAAGGAUGCGCAGCCUAAUGACUCACUCUUCUUCCACUACUCCGGUCACGGUGGUCAGACACCAGAUCUCGACGGCGACGAAGAUGAUGGAUAUGAUGAAGUGAUUUAUCCCGUGGACUUCCGAGUUGCCGGCCAUAUCGUCGACGAUGAGAUGCACCGCAUUAUGGUCCAGUCAUUGCGCCCUGGUGUGCGCCUUACAGCCAUCUUCGAUUCCUGCCACUCCGGCUCUGCCAUGGAUCUGCCCUACGUCUACUCUACCUCUGGUGUCCUCAAGGAGCCCAAUCUGGCCAAGGAAGCCGGCCAGGGUCUGCUGGGUGUCGUGUCGGCGUACGCUCGUGGUGAUAUGGGUGGUAUGAUGUCGACUGCCAUGGGCUUCAUUAAGAAGGCCACCAAGGGUGACGACGUGUACGAGCGCAACCUCAAGACCAAGACUAGCCCCGCAGAUGUGAUCAUGUGGUCCGGAAGUAAGGACGACCAGACCAGUCAGGAUGCCCAGAUUGCCGGCCAAGCCACCGGUGCCAUGUCGUGGGCUUUCAUCGCCGCUCUCCGCAAGAACCCCCAGCAGAGUUAUGUCCAGCUGCUGAACAGCAUUCGCGACGAGCUUUCUUCCAAGUAUACCCAAAAGCCGCAACUGAGCUGCAGCCAUCCUCUGGAUACAAACCUCCUUUAUGUGAUGUGA